CUCACCCAUUCGCUGGAGAACGUGCCUGUGCAAUAUUACGGGCAGCUUAUAAAGGCAUACGGCAGGCAGGAAGCUUGCAGGCCCAAGGGCCAGUAUCUUUCGAAGCAGCACAUCUGUGGCGCUGAACUACUACUGCACUCUGGCCAGUCGGGCUCUCGGUUUGUUCUGCUGUUGAUCUGUUGACACCACGAUGGGACCUCACACGGGCGACGCGCAAGAAUUGGUCGACUUUCUCAAUGCGGCAUGGACGCCCUUUCAUGCGGUUGAUGAAGCUCGGAAGAUGUUGCUGGCUGCUGGUUUUAAACACCUGCAGGAGAAGGAUGCAUGGGACAUCAACCCCGGAGGUCGUUACUUCUUCACGCGCAACGCAACAACUAUCGUGGCCUUUGCAGUUGGGAAAAAAUAUGCUCCCGGCAACGGCUUUUACAUGAUCGGUGCGCACACCGACUCACCAUGCCUCAAGCUCAAACCUGUUUCCAAGUCGACCAAAUCAGACUGUCUUAUGCUGAACGUGGAGACCUAUGGAGGUGGCCUAUGGAGCACUUGGUUUGACCGGGAGCUGGGCGUGGCCGGCCGAGUUCUGGUUCGCCAUCCCGACACCGGAAUGCUCGCGCAGCGCCUAGUCAAAAUCAGCAAGCCCAUCGCGCGUAUCCCCAUGUUGGCUAUCCACCUCCAAACCGCCUCGGAGCGCUCCGAGGGAUUCAAAAUCAACGCCCAGAACCACCUGGCUCCCCUCCUCGCUACAAACACCAAAGCCAAGGCCAAGGCGCCUACCGCGCCGCAGGUGGUGUCAGCAGCGGCUGCCGCGGCCGCAGCCGCCCCAGCAGCGCCUCCGCCUCCACCAGCCCCCGAGCGGCAUCACCCGUUGCUGCUGUCGCUGCUAGCUGACCAUCUGGGUUGCUCCGCCUCCGACAUCGUGGACCUGGAGCUGCACAUGUGCGAUGUACAGCCAUCCGUGAUCGGCGGCGCCUGUGAGGAAUUCAUCUUUUCCGGCCGUCUGGACAACUUGGCUAUGAGCUUCUGCGCCCUCACUGCGCUCAUCCGCAGCUGCGGUGGUGGCAGCGGCAGUGCCGACCUGCUUGCCGAGGAAAGUGGGGUGCGGGCGGUGGCGCUGUUCGACCACGAGGAGGUGGGCAGUGGCAGCGCGCAG